UUAAAACAUUUGCGUCGUUCUUUGUAUGUCAUAUCCCUAUUCAGUAUUGCAUUUCAUUAUGGUUUUUAGUUUUGCUUUUAGCAGCUAUAUGUCCUAAUUUGUAUUUGUUCAGAACAGUACCCACGAGGAAAGCCUCGCGAUCAUGUCGGGUUAGGAGUGAGGACUGUGGUGGAAUCUUGAGUGGUGAAAGCAUCUUACUAAACGAGCAGACUUUAGAGCGUGAAUUACAGAUUGCCAUUGAAGAAGAGAAUUAUGCCAAGGCGGCAAAAAUCAGGGAUAGUCUUAAACUUCUCCAAGAGGACAGCAAGGCUUCAGUAUUAGCUGCAAAUGCUAGAUUUUAUAAUUCAUUCAGAAAUGGGGAUUUGGCAUCAAUGCAGGCUCUCUGGUCGAAGGGUGAUCAUGUGUGUGUUGUGCACCCUGGUGUGAGCGGCAUAUCCAGUCAUGAUCUUGUAAUGGGGAGUUGGGAAUUUGUAUGGGCCGACUACGACUUCCCACUACAAAUUGAGAUUAAGGACCUUCAGGUUCAUGUUAGAGGGGACAUAGGCUACGUGACAUGCAUUGAAAUGGUGAAGACGAAGGGCAGUAGCUGGGGAAGACAGUUCGCCACAAAUGUGUUUGAGAGGAUUGAUGGUCAAUGGUUCAUGUCGGUUCAUCAUGCAUCAUAUGUCGAUUUGUGAACUAGCAUAUAAGAUUUUAAAGGCUCCCGGCUCUCUCGACUUACCUUUACUGAAUGCAUACCAAGUGGUAAAACUUAGUUUUUAGUGCUUGUGGAGGUUUUUGCUGUGUUGCCUUGGUUUUAUUAAACAUGCUAAAUAUUGUGGCAGUACUAUCUUUCAAACAAUAGGAAAGAAAUCAUUUUUGCAUGCUCUGAUAUUCCUAUAGGCAUAUUUACUAUGAACUGGUGGCAUUGUUUCUUAUACUCUCAUGUUAAACUUUUUAUAUUAAUGUUCAAAAAAGUGUAGGCAUUUGUUUUUGA